AUGAUAUAUCAGCGUCUCACCAGUCUAUGCGUUGCCGCUCUGGUCGCGGCCGCAUCGGUCUCUGCGAGCCCUAUGUACGAGCGCGCUCACGCUCGGUGUCGGGCCGGGCACACCAAGGGCGCCCACCACGUCCCAACGACUGAUAAAGCAACUUCAUCCAUGACUUCCCCAGUGGGGGUCCCAGAGGCUCCAUCCCAGACCCCCUGGCUCACACCCACUGGGAAUGAGAUCACUCCCGAUGCUCCCUCUUCCUCGUCGUCAACGACAUCUGCUCUACCCUCUUCUCCCGCUACCCAGGAACAAGCCAUCGUUCCGGCAGCCCCUGUUGAGUCUCCAACAGCCGCUUCCCAGACCUCUAACAAGGCAGCUGCUGCUGCAUCCUCCUCCAGCAGCAGUAGUUCCUCAUCAGGUGCCACCCACUCCGGCACAGCCACCUUCUACGGCGGCAACGUCUCCGCUCGUUCACCGGGCGCCGCAUGGGACAACGCCGCGGAAUGCGGUGCCUGCGUCUCGGUGACAGGACCCAACGGUAAAACCAUCAAAGCAAUGGUCGUCGACCAGUGCCCCGAAUGCGAGGCCGACCACCUCGACCUCUUCCAAAACGCCUUCACCGAACUAGCCGACAUCUCCAAGGGUAUCAUCGACAUCACCUGGUCCUUUGUCCCCUGCGGCAUCACCUCGCCCCUCGUCCUCAAGAACAAGGAGGGGACAUCGCAGUAUUGGUUCUCCAUGCAGGUCGUCAAUGCCGCCGAGCCCGUCGCGAAGCUCGAGGUCAGCACCGACGGCGGGAAGACCUGGCAGGGGACCACGAGAACCUCCUACAACUUCUUCGAGAUGAGCAGUGGGUUUGGAAGGAUACCGUGGACGUGA